CGCCGGAUGGAUGGCUGGGAGGAAUGACACUGUAGUGACCGAGUUCUUCCUCACUGCAUUCCCAGAGCAUCCUGAGUGGGGGCUCCCUCUCUUCCUGGUGUUUUUGAGUUUCUAUCUCCUCACUCUGCUGGGGAACACGGGAAUGGUCAUCCUGAUCCGUGUGGAUGGCCGGCUUCACACCCCGAUGUACUUCUUCCUUGGCCACCUUUCCUUCGUGGACAUCUGCUACUCGUCCGUCACGGUCCCCCAGAUGCUGGCCGUGCUGCUGGAGCACGGGGCGGCUCUGUCCUACACACGCUGUGCCGCUCAGUUCUUCCUCUUCACCUUCUUUGCUUCCAUCGACUGCUACCUCCUGGCAAUCAUGGCCUAUGACCGCUAUGUGGCCGUGUGCCGGCCCCUGCUUUAUGUCACCGUCAUGACCGAGAAGGCCCGCUGGGGCUUACUGGCUGCAGCUUAUGCGGCUGGUUUCUCCAGUGCCUUUGUUCGGACGGUCACAGCCUUCACCCUCUCCUUCUGUGGAACCAAUGAGAUCGACUUUAUUUUCUGUGAUCUCCCUCCCCUGUUAAAGCUGACCUGUGGGGACAGCUACACCCAGGAGGUGGUCAUUAUUGUGUUUGCCAUUUUUGUCAUGCCUCUUUGUGUAUUGGUGAUCUUGGUGUCCUAUGUGUUUAUCAUCGUGGCCAUCAUGAGGAUCCGCUCCGCGGGGGGCCGGGCCAAGACCUUCUCCACGUGUGCCUCCCACCUCACGGCCGUGUCACUCUUCUUCGGCACUCUCAUCUUCAUGUACCUCCGAGGCAACUCGGGCCAGUCCUCGGAGGAGGACCGAGCGGUGUCAGUGCUCUACACAGUGAUGACCCCCAUGCUGAACCCCUUCAUCUAUAGCCUGAGGAAUAAGGAGGUAAAGGAGGCGGUUGUGAAAGCCCUGAGCAGGUCAAAGUCUCGUGGAAGGCCCUAG